AUGGGGGGUAAAGCUCCUAUCUCAAUCGUAACGGAUCAAGAACCGACGAUUAGGAAAGUUGUAAACUUGACUAUGCUUGAGAGUUGCCAUAGGUGGUGCAUAUGGCAAAUACUUCAGAAGUUUGGGAGGUAUGUGGGUAAGCAUGAUGACUAUGAAGCUGUAAAGGAUGAGUUUGAAAAUAUCAUUUAUGGUAGUUUAGAUGCUGAUGAAUUUGUAGAUCAUUGGGUGCACAUAGUUGAUUAUUACAAACUAGGAGAUAACAGUUGGCUUGAAGGUAAGGGCCGAGUCAGAAAGAAUUGCGGCUCCAACACAAUACGAUACAUCAGGCAUGUAUCUACCGAUUUCCCAGCGGAGGAAGUGUUCCAGAAGUGUCACACGGACGCGAAAUUCAAAGAAGUCGAGCAGGAGUGUAAGAGGAUGUUGUACGUGCUUCGCCUAGAUGACUAUGAAGUUGGUGAGAAUCAAGUUGAGUUUGUUAUUGAGGACCGAGUAUGGAUCAAGCCAAAAUUUGCAAAAACAGAAUAUGUGACUAAGACUCGGAGAUGCUAUAGGGUGUGCUAUGACAGUAAUAGAUAUGAAGCUAGUUGUGACUGUAAACACUUUGAGUGCCAUGAAAUCAUUUGUUGUCAUAUGAUCUUUGUGUAUGACCAUUGCGGUGUUUCUUUUGUUCCUGAGAUGUAUAUUCUACGUCGUUGGAGGAAGGAUAUUAAAAGGAAACACACACGAGUGAAAGUAGCUUACCAUGAUCCACUUAACACCGAUGAAACCAGGAAGUAUCACAAAUUGAUGGGGAUGUAUGAACCAAUUUGCUCUAAGGCUUCAGCUUGUAAGGAGGGUGUUGAGGCUAUGGCAGAGUUGUUGCAAUUGAUGGAACUCAAAGUCGAUGAAGUGUUGGCAAUGGUUGCUAAAAAACAGGAACAUGCAGCUAAGGAUAAUGAAAAUGAAGGUCAGGAUGAUGGCGUACGUUGUGUUGUUCGGGCGCCUUCUUUUGUGGCUUUGAACAAGGGGCCUGGUUAUAGAAAUACACCAGCCACACAUGCAUCUGGGUUGCCAAAUACAAUCCCUACACUAGUUAGUGCCGUUGUGGGGAGUUGUGAUGGAUCUGUACCAGCAGCGAUUAGGGAUCCACCGUUGCCUCGGAAGAAGGCCCAUCGUACGACCAAUGUAAGGUAUCCAUCUUGCACAGAGAAAAAGGGAAAAAAAGGGUGCUAG